AUGUACUACCGCAGACAUUUGUGCUUACCAUUCAGAUACCUCACUACGCACCCUACAAUUUCACCUACUCUUAGGACUCGCCAGCCAUGGCAAACCAGGACAAUAUCUCUGCUGCAAAGAAAUCCUGGCGGGGGCUUUCCCCCCUUGACACGAGCGCUCAAUGACCUCGAGUCGUUCCUCAGUCGCCCGACGGGCAGCAGUGACCUGCUGGGGCAUUAUCCUCGUUUCGACGUCCGCGAGACGAAAGACUACUACCACCUUGACGGGGAACUCCCAGGCGUGGACAAGAAGGAUAUCGACAUCGAACUCGGCAACGACAAUACCCUCACGAUCAAGGGACAUUCUGAGCGCGAGUCAACGUCCAAAGAUCCCAACCAGUCAUGGUGGUACUCUGAGCGCUCGGUGGGAGAGUUCAGACGUUCAUUCAGCCUUCCGGGUUCAGUGGACCGCGAUCGUAUCGAUGCAACUUUGAAGGAUGGGGUUCUUUCUAUUACCGUCCCGAAGACUGGCGGACCCUCUGGGAGCAAACGUAUCGACAUCAAGUAG